ACCACAGAACUUGUGGCCACUGGGAUGAGUCUGAACCCACAGCGUUCACUGGACUGAGAGCUAAGGGGCUUCUCAGGAUGGAUGUCACUCGCCUGCUCCUGGCCACCCUAGUGGGCUUCUUAUGCUUCCUUACCGUCUACAGUCACCUGGGACCCGAGGAGACGCUCAGCAAUGACUGGAGUCUGAGAAGCAACUCCUCCGUGAACUCAUUGGAUUUCUCUUCAGUUUCGAUAGUGGCACUGAACAAGAAAUCCAAGAGGAUCAGCAGAAAAGAAGCCGAGAAACAGAAGCGAUUGUCCAAGAUGAACGCUUCGCUGAAGAAGGAGGCACGGCCCCCGCCACCCACGCCCUGCGUGGCCACCCGAGACAGCUGCAAGCCGUCUGCGCCCGCCUGCUGCGACCCGUGCGCUUCCUGCCAGUGCCGCUUCUUCCGCAGCGCCUGCACCUGCCGCGUACUCAACCCCUACUGCUGAACCCGCUUCCGUGCUGCACGCGCAGCCUCCGGGAUGGGUG